UGGAAAGUAGAACGAGGAAGUGGGGACGCAGUGGACCCCACGGACAUCACCAGAGGUUCUACCGACUGGGGUGGCCGGUUGAUCUAGGAGAGGACCAGACCGGAAAUGGUCGUCUCCAUGGUAACCCUUGAGCGGGUUGCCUGGGAGAUGACCCCUUUUGGUCUCGGAGUCUCCGCUGUAGCGUCGCUUCUCAGACCGAUCUAACUGAUCCUGGACUGUCUCCUGCCAUGAUUCCUGGGAAAUACCGCUCUGUUUCUGGCCGGGCUGCGAACAACGUGAACUGUGGGCUUCAUCUGGUUAUUCAAACAUCAUCGCUUCCUGAAAAAAGCAAAGUUGAAUUCAAGCUAAAUAAAGAAACGCCGUCAUUCCCUGGUCGACUCUUGCAACAUGACCUUGAAAGAAACUACUCAAGUAGGCAAGGAGAUGGAAGAGUAAUAAGCCCUUCGCCUCGUAAUAAAUCAUCCUGCAUCUCAUCCACAACAAACGUGACAGACCUAUGUGGGCUGGAAAUGAAAACCACCCUGAGCUCCUUAUCAGCAUUUGGAGAGUCUUCCAUUCAGACACCUUCAAAGUCCAGAACCCGGCAGGGCUGUCAUAGUGCCGGCCCAAACGUAUCUGGUGAUCAUAUUCACCUGGCUAGCUCCUCGAUGCCGUCGUUUCCCGUUCUCCAGCGUUCUUCUGAAGAGAAAAUUCUUUAUUCAGACAGGCUGACCCUAGAAAGGCAGAAGCUGACCAUGUGUCCUAUCAUUGAUGGAGAAGAACACCUUCGUUUGUUGAACUUUCAACACAAUUUUAUAACUCGGAUCCAAAAUAUUUCUAAUCUACAGAGGCUAAUAUUCUUGGAUUUAUAUGAUAACCAAAUUGAAGAAAUCAGUGGGCUUUCUACUCUGAGAUCACUCCGUGUCCUUCUGCUGGGGAAAAACAGAAUCAAGAAAAUCUCAAAUCUGGAGAACCUCAAAAGCUUGGAUGUCUUGGACCUUCAUGGAAAUCAGAUUACCAGAAUCGAAAAUGUUAGUCAUUUAUGUGAUUUGAGAGUUUUAAAUCUUGCUAGGAACCUUUUAAGUCACGUUGAUAACCUUAAUGGGCUGGACUCACUCACUGAACUUAACCUGCGACACAAUCAGAUCACUUUUGUGAGAGAUGUGGAUAAUUUGCCCUGCCUCCAACGUCUGUUUCUCAGCUUCAACAAUAUAUCUACUUUUGAAAGCGUUUGCUGCCUUGCUGACUCUUCUUCUCUCUCAGACAUCACUUUUGAUGGCAAUCCAAUAGCUCAAGAGUCAUGGUACAAACACACUAUCCUUCAGAAUAUGACGCAGCUGCGCCAGCUAGAUAUGAAGAGAGUUACGGAAGAAGAAAGGCGUAUGGCAUCUGUCGUAGCCAAAAAAGAGGAAGAGAAGAGGCGGGAAAGCCAUAAACAGUCCUUGCUAAAGGAGAAGAAAAGGUUAACAAUUAACAACGUAGCUCGAAAGUGGGACCUGCAGCAGCAUCGAAUACCCAGUAUUGCUACAAAUCAAGACAGAAAUGUUUCUGACUCUCCUUCUCAGGACCCCGUCUCUGCAUUUCCAGAGGAAACAGGGUCUCUGGACUCAGGACUUACCAAUGCUUUACAAGGCUUGUCUGUCCUGGACACACACCUCGUUGAAGUGGAUGGGGACACGCUUUCCCUGUACGGCUCAGGAGCACUGGAGUCUCUGGAUCGGAACUGGAGCGUCCAAACGGCAGGGAUGGUGACAACCGUGUCCUUCACUUUCAUAGAAUUUGAUGAAAUCGUCCAAGUGCUUCCCAAGUUGAAGAUUAAAUUUCCUAAUUCUCUGCACCUUAAAUUCAAGGAAACAAACCUUGUAAUGCUGCAGCAAUUUAAUGCACUGGCUCAGCUCCGCCGCGUUGACCAGUUGACAAUUGAUCCUCAAGGAAAUCCAGUUGUCAAUUUUACACUCUGGAAAUACUAUGUACUGUUUAGGCUGAGCCAUUUUAGUAUGCAGAAAAUAAAUGGGACAGAGGUGACACAGAAUGAUAUGAUCAUGGCUGAAAGGCUCUUUGGAAUCCUCGCACAUGUAGCAUCUUCCGAGUUACCCCAGUACCGUCUGAUUUCAAUUCUGGGUGAUGCCAGAAAGAAGCAAUUCCGGUAUCUGCUGGAAACCAAAGGGAAAAAACCUGGUCUUGUCAGUGAAGAAAAUAACGACAGCAAAAAACUUGCAGGAGAAAAUACAAAUCGUGCUACGCUAAAUUAUACCACAAGAGACUUUUAUAAUGAACGACUAGAGGAAAUAAAGGAAAAAAAGAAAUUCUGCAAGAUGUAUAUGGAGGACCUUGUGAAGGAGGCCACGGAAAUCAACAUGAAAAACGAGGCUCUGCAGAAACUCUGGCCGCAGAUGUUCAUCGAGCUCGUCAGGGACGCAGUCAUAGAAAUCCGCAAUAAAAACUCCUAUAUGAAGCUUUGCCUACAGCAGAUCACGGACCAAAAAUAAAAUUUAAAAAAGGCUUUUAGUUACA